AUGGCACUCAAUCAACCAACAUAUACCGACACCCAGGUCGAAGCAUAUCUCAGACGAAUUGCAUACCCACCCGCAGCAAGCGACGCAAAGACUCUCAUUGAGGAUAUCCGCCAGCGUGUCCAAAGUGACGCUUUAGGGACACUCUCUGAACUCCAGAGAUGGCAUCUCGCUACUGUUCCGUGGGGAAACUCCGCACUCCAUUAUUCGCAGCAUCACACUAUCUCCUUGCAUCCAGACAGCUUGUAUGAGAAGAUUGUCGAGCGGCGCUUGGAUGGGUAUUGUAUGGAGAGUACAGGAAUCUUCCUCAUCGUCCUACGGUCGUUGGGAUACUGCGUGUAUGCCACUGGAGGCAGGGUGAGCCAUGCUACUGUUACCGGGGUGGACAAUGGACUAUUUCUCCCAUUCAAUCAUAUGCUGCUGAUAGCGAUCAUUGGUGGAGCGAAAUAUAUGGUGGAUGUUGGAUUUGGCAACGCUUGUGCCACCGCACCAUUGCCUCUCGAAGAAGGCGCUACGGCUACAUGCAUUGCUCCCUCUGAGAUGCGUCUAAUUAAGGAGACCCUCGCCGAGUUUACCGAUAAAUCCCAGAAACUAUGGAUUUAUCAGACGAGACAUAACCCGGAAGGCCCCUGGGUGCCCAAUAUCGCGUUCUCCGAGGCAGAAUUCUUGCCUCAAGAUUUCCGCGUUAUGAACUUCUCGGUGAGCCAAGAGCCAUCCAGCUGGUUUACCCAGGCUUUUGUCUGCGUGCGAAUGGUUUUGGAUCCUACUGGGAAGGAGGUUAUUGGGCAGUGCAUCAUGUCGGGUAAGGAGGUCAAGCGACGAAUCAAGGGAGAGACGGAGGUUUUGCAAGUCCUCGAAAAUGAGGAAGACCGGGUCAAAGCCCUCGCAAAGUACUUUGAUAUGCACUUUCGAGCGGGCGAGGUCGAGGGUAUUCGAGGCUUGACCUCCCAACUCAAAUAG